CGACGGUCGGCGCCAAGUUCAGUCGAAGCUUAUGUGCGAAGCAAACAAGAAGUGCCAAGUGCUUACUAGAAACGAUCACUUUCAGACAGGUGUGAUAGGGUUGCGGAAUAAUCUUCUGAUCGUGCGUACAAUUGAUCGAUUGUACUUCCGAUCUAGUGCCAUUUACGAAGACUGAUUUUUAGUGUUAAUUGAAAUAUGUUAGGUGCGGUAGUAUUAGUCUUACUGUCAGUAUUUAGUACGAUCGAUGCUCAGAAUAGCUCACCGCUAGUGAAGGCACCAUCUAGAACGCAAUUGAACCCAUACCGUGUGCAAUGGUAUCAACUCAAACCUAAUCAGCCCCAGGCUCAGCAGCAGCCACAACAAUUGCCCGUGUCGUCAGUACAGCAGCAACAACAGCAGCAACAGCAGCAGCAGGCGCAACAACAACAGCAGGGGCAAAGUUUUAGUGCCCCAUCUCCUAGUCAAGGUCAACCACAGUUCCAGUAUGAUGCAGCAUCUUUUACCGUCACUGAUCUGGCCAGAAGAAUCGGUACGGUUUUGGGCCAGCAAAGUAACGCAGCAGUGUUUUCUCCAGUUAGUAUAGCUUGUGCUCUCUCGCUUUUGCUGCUUGCGGCAGACAAAGAAACCAAACGGGAACUGUUACAAGUGUUGAAUUUUCCUCCGGACAAAACGCAACGUAAUGGUAUUCAUCAUCAGUAUGGGAAAAUGCUUCGAGAGGUAGCCUCAUCGGCUCCGGAUGUUUAUCCAAUCCCAUGGCGCCAAACGGACCGCUGCAAUGAAUAUGAUGACGAGGAUGAUUUUCAGCAAGAAAUUCAAAUAAUUCAUUUGGCAAAUGCCAUCUUUGUCAAGCGGGAUCUUGCGUUGAACGGAAGGUACGUAGAAUUAUCGCAAAAGUUCUACAACAGCACAGUAAACCAGAUGGAUUUUGCUAAUAAUCCUCAGCAGUCAGCAUCUAGUAUAAACCAGUGGGCGAGUGAUAAUACGUAUGGGAAAAUUAAUCAAAUUGUGUCAAGCUACAUUAACACUGAUACUCAAAUGAUCGUCGCGAAUGCGCUAUACUUUAAAGGUCUGUGGAAGGAAGCGUUCGAAAAACAAGCAACCAGUUAUAAGAAGUUCUACCCAGACGGUUAUGCCAAUCCAUCGACGGUGAAGGAAGUUCUAUCGAUGGCUGUCAUAGGAUGUUUCCCAUAUUACGACGCAGUUCAGUAUGAUGCAAAAAUUGUCGGGCUGCCUUACCAGGGUGACAAAACUGCUCUCUACAUAAUCAUACCAAACAACUCAAGUCGCGCAAAGUUGCAACGUUUCCAAAGCACUUUGACGGGUAAAGAUAUUGGCGAUAUGGUAGUCAAAAUGACUGUCAGAAAAGUGCUGAUCCAAAUGCCGAAAAUGAAAAUCUCCAACACGAUUAAUCUCAGAGACGUGCUGCAGAAGCUGAAUCUUCGCACUAUUUUUAGCCCAACGAGUAGUGAUCUGUCGGGGAUGCUAGAUCAAACUGAUCGCAACAGGAAUGGGUUUCAAGACAACCCUCUUCGGAUGCCACUUUACGCGAGUGAGAUUAUUCACAAGGUAGAACUGGAGAUCAAUGAGAAAGGAACGGAAGGCGGCGCCGUCACGGCGUCUACGAUCUUCCGAUCGCUACCGUCGGUUACCGUACGGAUCGACACACCGUUUCUGAUGUUGUUGGGGCAUGACGCCACCAGGCUGCCGUUAUUCUAUGGAAGUAUCUAUGACCCUUCCAGUUAGUAUGAGUAUCGGGUAGAGAGAGUGUGUGUGUAUGUUUGUGCGUGCAUGUAUGACUUUAUCGUGUGUUUAUUAUUUUGUCAAUAAAGGCAUCGCGUAGAAUGUUUUUUUUAAACUGUUAAAA